UCCGGGAGCGUAGGUCUAGUGUGACGUCACGGUAGCCUAGUUGGGUUAGGUUUUACGCUGGAAAUUCUAACGAAAAAUUUUUUGUUUGACGAUUAAUGUUUUCCCCAUUGUGUCUGCUGCAUUGAACGACGUGAAGAGUUAACGCAGUGGCGAGUAAUAAUCGUAUUUCGUAAGCCGUUCGAUCGCGAGACCUCGCGCUAUCGGCGUAUAUGAGAUUUUAAACGGAAAAUGAAUCGACAUGAAGGGGUAAGUUGUGACUCCUGCUUAAAGGGGAAUUUUCGGGGUCGCAGAUACAAGUGCCUAGUGUGCUACGAUUAUGAUUUGUGUGCCAGCUGUUAUGAAGGAGGUGCUAGUACUACACGCCACCACACUGAUCACCCUAUGCAGUGUAUACUUACUAGAUCUGACUUUGAAUUAUAUUAUGGUGGAGAGGGAGUAAGUAUAGAGCAGCCACAAUCCUUAACUUGUCCUUAUUGUACAAGAAUGGGUUUCACUGAGGCUACAUUACAAGAACAUGUUGCUGCAGAGCACUCAGAUAUUACUUUUGAUGUUGUUUGUCCAGUAUGUGCAUCUAUCCCAGGAGGAGAUCCUAAUAAUGUGACUGAUGAUUUUGCGGGUCAUUUGAGUUUAGAGCAUCGUAGCGGACCAAGAGACCUGAUUUCUCUUCUAGAUGAACCACCUCCUAAUAGAUAUAACAGUAGACGGAUAACGCAUCCAUCUAGAGCUGUUGGUGGACCACGAACUCGCAGGUCCAAUAUGCAUUUCAGUUCGUCCGGGGGAUUGAGUCCGAGUAGUCGAGAAAGUAUAGAUCCAAUUGCAGAGUUACUCUCUCAAUUAUCUAGUGUUCGUAGAAGUGGUGGAGGAACUGGUCAAGGUUCAUCAGCACCCUCACAAUUACAACAACUACAAAUGCAGCUACAGUUGGAACGACAACAAGUUAGAGCUGCUAGGCAACAAUUGGAGCGGUUACCGAGGAGGCAGCCUCAGGUACUUGGUUCUGCAAGCUGUGGAGGAAUUAUUAGCGGAAGUGGUCAUUCUACUACUAUGACCAGUGUCGUAGCGAAUAGUACGAGUAGUAACAAUAAUACAACUAAUGUGGCGAACCCGUCCGGCGUAUCAUCUACCAAUUCACAGAGCUACAUGUUUCUUUUGCCAAAAUGCAUUACCAGUACUCUCACUGACUCACAGUUGCAAAAUAUUGAACGUGAAAGUGCAAAUAGGAGCCUCUUUACACGCGAACUUAUUCUUGGAACGCUUUCCCAAACAUUGCCGGAGUUACUACAGCAACAAUCUGUAGUACAAACACCAGUAUCAAGUGCAACUACUGCCACAACCAGUCCUGAAACACCAAAUGCUAAUACUUCCACAGUUUCUAUGAAAAAAUUAAGUUUAACUCAAGAAGCAAAAAGGGAUCAAACAAUGAGUAAACACGUAACUCAAACGUCUACGCAACAAUCGCAUACUGUUCAGUCUACUGCUGGCAGUGGGGGAACCGGUCUUCAAAGUCAAGGAUUGCCUCCAAAUUCUAAUAACCUUGCAUCACAAAAUACACCAAUGGUUCAAACACUGAUGCAUAGCGUGUUACCACAGCCAUUGGUAUUGCAGCAAUCACUGCCGCCACCAAUUAGCAGAACUAUCAGAGAACCGAUAGUAACCCCAGCACCAGCGUACCUUAGAGGUGGGGUCGGUCCAGUUGGCGUAACAGGUCCUUCGCGUAGGAAGCCGGUUAGGGCUGUAGAUGGCAGAAACCAAUCUACGGAACCUCCGCCCCCACACUAACCCCUCCUUAGCCCGUACUCACCCACCCUGAUUCCUCACAGGACCCUCUAGCACUAGUCCUAGCACUGUUUAGAACACCUCAUCAUUAUUGUUAUUAUUAUAAUAUUAUAUAUUAAUAAUUAUUCAAAUGCCCUCCUCCUCACCCUCCCUAUCUUAUCAUUUUCCGAAAUUCUAAUCUCGCCAUCUUUCGUCUUAAUGUGACAUGGAACAAGGGCAAGGGCUGAUUCGCCGAUACAUGCAAAUAAUGUAAAUAACUCACUUCUUGCAGUCAUACACGCUCCUCGUACACGCUCCUCAGUGAGUCUUGCCACGUUCUAUAUCGAUUUAUUAUAACCGUUUACAAUAAGUUGAUCGAGAAUAGGGACUGGCAGGUAAAAAAAAAAAAAAAAAAAAAGAAAAAAGAAAAAAACAAAUGAAAGAAAACAAUGUAACAGAAAUAAUAAUAUUAGUGUUUCGUAUUUGGUGGCUGUAUAGGCUAGUUAUGAUAUCUGAUCAAUAUAAUACUCAGAAAUGUUUUGUUUGAGUGUCGGGAACAUAGAAACUUGAUUAAUUUACCAAACGCACUGUGCCCGUCAUACGCACCAGUUUAUUAUGUUCAAUUUGAACUGGUUAAAUUGUAUCAAUGUAUCAUGUAUCUUUAAUAUACGAAUAUGUUUUACACGUGGAGAUAAAUCGCUGCUUGGGUUGGUCCGUUUCUAUUUAAGGAGUCUUAAUUGUCGGACGAGUAUUUUAAAACAGCAGUGGACAAACGCUUUUUAACUUACAUACUUUAUAAAAAUAUGAAAUUACGCGUGUAUCAAUGCAUUAUUAGAGAGAAAGACUAGAAAAAGUAUUCUACCAAGAAAGCAAUUCUAAUUAAUGAAAUCAUGUCAAAAGGAUGUUUGAGUGGUCAUCGAAAUAAAAUUGGCGGACCAUCCCUUGACAGUUUCUUAGAAAUCGGGAUUUGAAAAUGGAGAGAUUAGACUAGGUCUUAACACAUCGAUUAAUAAUAUCUAAAUCGUUUUCUCUAUUAAAAUGUAACUGUAUCUUCUUAAAGUAUUCCUUAGAAAUCCUUUUCUUUUUUGUUGGUGUUUUGAAUUUACAUAUGUUUUGGAACUAAUGUCACAUAUGUCUUCUUCUUUUUUUUUUUUUUUCUUUUAAUUCUCGUUAAUCUGAUCACUCCAUUUUACGAUGCGAAAUAAAAUAAUUAUUUGUAUGCGUGUUUUAUUUGACGGUAAUACAGCCGUUACUGAUUGAUAAGCUAGAAAUCAUGCGCUAUAUGGAGAGAAAACAAAACGAGAAUGUGUAUCUGCUUUCUUUUUUUCUUUUCUUCGAAUCGAUCGAUUUGAAAAAUUACAAUAUAGAAAUGUUCAUAUUUUUCUUUUAUUCAACAAGUAUAAAAGCAAACAAUGCAUCAACUAUGUGCGUAUGACGCACGCAAAUGCAUUAGAAAUUCGUUCAAUGAUUCUACUUAGAGUAGAAGUAUAAUUUUCAAACUGCUCGUAAAAACGAGUGAUAAUUAUUUUUCGAUUUUUCUUCAAUCUUGUUUCUAUCUUUCUCUCUUUUUCUUUUCAAUUUCUCGUGUACAUUUCGUAUUGUAAUUAAUUUCCCUUGCAUUACCUUCUCAUCUUAUGUUACAUGAUUUUGUGGGUGUAUCUGCAAGAUGUGGAUAAAAACCAGGUAAAAAAAAAACACAAUACAUAUACAUAUAUGCAUAUAUAAAACUUGUAAAAAAUUAUACAAAAUAUGUAGCGUGUGAUUUUUCAAUUUCUUUCUUUAUUUCUUUGUUCUUUUUGUUUUGUCUUAUAACUCUAACUUGUUCUGACGUCCAAGGGGGAAUACUGAAAUUCAGCUAAUUAUAUCAUCAACAAUGGUGUUAAACGGACAAGAGACAUUUUUUGUGCUUUCCCGUUUCCUUGGAUCUUUCGUUCAGUUCUCGGCUAAAUAAUUGUUGCUCGCACCUAUUUCCAGCUAGUUACACAGCCUAUUUUGUGAUGUGUGAAUUAGAGGCAAUGCAUAAAAUAGAAGAUAAACGAUGUGAAAAUAAAGAAAAAAUUGAAGCAUACCGAUUGCCUUAACGCGAAGUUGCCCGAUGAACGAAAAGGAUUCAAAAUUCUGCCUUUUCGCGGAACGCGCGUUUAAGUCGAAAAAGUCUUUUGCACGUGGUAUCAUCAAUAAAAAAAAUAAAAAAAAACAAAAAAAAAUGCUGUAUACUUUGUCUAAAUUGAAUAAAUUUACUGCAAUCAACGCGCAUGUCUCGAUGAAACUGAUGUGCUAGUUAUUUUUGCAAAUUUUUACACAAAUUCGUAAGCGUACAAUCUUAGAACGAAGCAAGACUCCACGCACGUCUAACGGUUAACUUAAAAAAAGAAAAAGAAAGACUAAAAGAGUGUAUUGAAUAAUUUCUUCAUAUAUAAAAUCGCAAAAGUACUUUUAUUCCUUUAAUUUUUUGUCUUAAUACUCGACACUGCAAGCUUACGUUUCCCUUGUUUCCACGUCACUUCGGAAAUUGUAAGAUCUUGGAUUUUGUACAUGCUCUACGAUUAAUGUUAUUCUUAUUAUUUUAAUCGUUAUUACGUACUAUACGAUGUAACAAGGGUAUACCUAAACACAAUUGCGAAAGGUAUCGAGGGACAAUGUAAACGCCUGUUCGAAUAGUCGAAUGCUAUAUUAAUAUUGUUAUACUUUUAUUUUAAUUUUUUGUUCUGGUUUUUGUCACUUUCAUUUUGAAAUUUCAGCAUAAUCUUAACAAAAGCUUUUUACAUUAUAUAUAAUAUAUAACAUAUAUUACAAUAUAUUUAUUCAUAAGAACGAAAGGAUGCCUCGGAGUAUCGUCGUAUGUUUCUCCUAAUCUUUCUUCUUCUUUCUAUUUUGCAAAUCGCAUCUGUACGUGUGUCGUUUAAGUAGUUUUGGUUAUUUCAAAAUUCCAUAGACAUAGAUAAACCGAAAGUUUAGUUAAUCUGGUAUGUAAAUUGUACUAGAGAAUUAAAAGGGUUCUUGAUAAAACAAGCUUUGUACGCUUUCUACAAGGUAAUCGACGAUCCUCCUGGAUAUCCUUUUUUUGCAGGAAGGAAAUUAAAUGUUCGGAAGACAAAAAAAAAAAAA